CUCCGGGUUGUCGAAGCUCCGUCGGGGAUGCAAUGAAGCGCGUCGGAGCUGCAGUGAAGCACCACGGAGCCCGUUAAAGCUUCAUUGGGGCUGCAAUGGAGCUCGGCCGGAGUUGCAAUGGAGCUUCGUCGGAGCCUUGGUGUUGCGUUCGAGCUCGCCGGAGUUGCAAUGGAGCUCCGCCGGAGCGUUGGUGCUGCAUUGGAGCGCAGUCGGGUUGCAAUGGAGCUCACCGGACGCCGUUGAUGCUUGGUUGGAGCUCCGCGGGGGCUGCACACUGGCGCUGCGCUGAAGCUGUCACGCUCACUACUGCCUGUUUUUGAUCCAACAACCCCUUGCACGCUGAUCGGACGGCUGAACAGGCGCCAUCUUUUAUAGGAGUAGAGAUUUGAUGAUGAAGGGAAAGAGAUUGGACAGAGGCUAUGUCCGUCUCCAUAUCCAGACAAUGUUUUCCUUUUGUUUGUUUUUUCAAAAACUUUUGUUUUAUUCAUCAUAAAUCAUGACACUAAAAUGAAUAUAAAAAAUAACAAAAAAUGCAUCUAGGUUCUUAGACCAACUAGUGAUGACUAUAAGGACUGAAGCAAGUCGAAGGCGUGCCGCCCCGUCAUCACCCCUCCCUCUCGUUGGAGCCAGGCAAAACUUGUUGUCGUAGACAGUCGAAAAGUCAUCAUGCUAAGACCCCAUAGGACCAGCGCACCAGAACAACAACUUCCGCCAUUGAAGAGUAGCGUUGAUCGGCAUGAUAUAACUUGAAGACACAUGAAUAUAGACAAACUACGACCAGAUCCGAGCAAAUCGACCAAGGAGAAAUCCGCUGGAGACACACCUUCACACGCUCACCGACGAUGCUAGACGCGCCACCUGGAUGGGCCUAGGCGGGGAGAAUCUUAUUCCAGCUUCAGGGAGGCGCCGUCAUCUCGUCUUCCCGAGCAGGACAAAAACCCCAACAAAACUAGAAGAAACACCUAAAAACAAAACCCUCCCGCCGACAAGGGUCAGGAUCCACCGCGUCACCAUGGCCCUAAGGCCACCGGUGACGAGGCGAACCAACGAAGUCACUCAUCACAAGCUGGCGCCAACCAGUGAAAGUUCAAGGCGAUUUCUCAGUAGCUACACUGAGUCACUCAUUUGUAUCAAGCAGAACCCAAAGGUAGACUUCAGCAAAGGAAAGAUGGUGGUGGACAUUGUUAGCAAGUUGUCAAAGCUGAGUACUGUGGCCAGGAAGGUGGGGGAGCAGGUGGAGGGACCCUGGUGUUUACCACCAUCCGGCUCAGAAAAGUUAAAUGUCGACGGGGCCUUCAAGCAAGAAGAAAGCAUGGGCGGCGCGGGCAUGCUUCUGCAAAACGAUACAGGGGCCAUUAUCUUUUCCUUGCGUAGAUUUCUACGGACGUGUGCAUCCCAGCUUGAUGCGGAGCUGGCGGCAUGCCGCGAAGGAGUGGAGCUGGCUAUCCAGCGAAGGACAAGUCUAUCAUCGUUGAGCUUUUGACUGUCUCCAGGCCUGCUGGAACCUGCGACGGAUAGGUCAGUGCUGGCGUUCCUGGUAGGAGAGACGAAACGCCUUUUGCAUGAGGGGAGAACCCAUAGGAUAGAGCACAUCCGCAAACGCAGCAAUGGCGCUGCGCAGAUGGGGAGUAUUGAUCAGCAUACUGCUGUUUGGCUUAAUUCAGGUCUUGAUGACCUUUUGUCUGCUAUGUCAAAAGAGUGUAAAACAAUUCCGAUUAAAUAAAGAGAACCCCUCGUUUGACCGGAAAAAAAAAAUACAAGUUUCCUUGGAUCAAAUAACUGCAAGGCUCGAUUAUAAACGUGUCGGGCCAGGCCCACACACGGGCCAGGCACGCGGGCUAUCGGGCUACCAAAAGAAAAGAAAAACACAUUUUUCCUGUCCUCCUCGCUAGCAGUGUAGCACACAGCGGGAUAGCCCUCAAUCUCUCUGAUUCCUCCCCAAAUCGGCCGCCGCCGGCGCCUCACUCUCUUCUCCACCCGCCGCCCCAACUACACCAGCAGCCGUCUCCCCCCACCCCCAAGCCAUGGCCGCCCCUGUUCCCCCGCCUGCGAAGAAGAGGAAGAAGGAGGGCCCGGCUCGUCUGGAAGACCCGCCGCUCCUUCCGGACGCAGGCUGGCCCGCCCUCCCGCCCGACCUCGUCCGCCGCGUCGCCGACUGCCUCCUGGCCACCAACGACCUCGACUGCUACAUGGACUACCGCGCCGUCUGCUCCGGCUGGCGCGCCGCUACCGAUGACCCCAGGACCAGGAGCGCCGCCUCAGAUCCCCGCUUCCGCCUGCGCCGCUGGAUCGUCCUCGACGACAUCUUCCACAGCCAAGGAGAAGCGAUGCUCCUGCUAAAUGCCGACACCGGCCGCUUCCUCCGCAAGAAGCUCCCGCCGCUCAGCGAUCACUCCAUCGUCGCCACCACUCGCAGCGGCUACUUCGUCCUGGCCAAGAAAAGCCCUCCUCACGCGGCCCGCGUCCUCAACCCUCUCACGGGCGUCGUCAUCCGUUUCGUAGCGCCCGUGGCCCCCGACGUGGGAUCCGCUGAUGUCGUCUUCAUUGGCAGCUCUUGGGUCAAGCUCACCUUGUUCUGCGACGCAUCUCGCAAGGUUUACUGGGCUGGCCACAACAGUAUUAGGUUCUUCGUCCAUGAGCCGAAGCAAGAAACUUACCGUUUCUUGCGGAAGACGACCUUAGGUGGUGUCUCCGCAGAUGAUACAAAAGACCCCAUGAAGUCCACUGCUAGUUUAUACAGUUUCUUGGUGGCAGUCGACAUCAUGUUUUUUCCAGUGGGUUUGGCUAGACAUAUGUUCGUCACUAAUGUAGAGGGAUCAAUCUAUGUUUUCAAAAACGAGAUAGGUAAGCUUGUGGCUUUGGACAGCAUCAACAACUAUGCCAUCUUCAUUGGUCACCAGAGGUCCCUGGCCAUCGAUGCUGACAAGUUCCCAGGCAUCGAGGCAAACUGUGUCUACUAUACCGACAUUCUGGGUUCAUCGGCUCAUAUCUGCAAGUGCAACAUCAAGGACAGAAAAGUAGAGAGGAUCUCUGAAGCUGCAGAGUUCGUGAAGCGGGGCAAACAGUUUGUCCUCGUCGCUGACCGUCCUUCGACGAUCAUCCACCUUCUCUCCAGCUACACCAUCAACAUCCCGGAGUCUCAACUGGCCUUGCAACAGAUUCAGUAAGAUGCUGGCAGGUCUUCGUUCAACUCGGGGGAUCUCGAUGACCAACCGACAACACUAUGCUUUUGCUAAGUAAUUGCUCCUAAUUAGUCUCUAGUCUUUUGCUUUGUUAUUUUCGAUAUGCCUUCGGGUAAGAAACAGGUUGAUCCUAGGUUAGAUCAACUUUAGUGGAACUACUGUUUGCUGUCUUACUCAGUACUCCUACUUGGUAUCAACCUAAUGCUUCUAUUGUGAUUGAUCA